AUGGAGGGGCUCUGCCUGCUCUUGGCGGCUCUCUCCGCCGCGGUGCCCGGACAAGGGGCGGCGAGCCGGGAGGCGGCAGCGGCGACAGCAGCCCGGGCGCGUGACGGCACCCCACGCUUCGGCUUUCCCACCGCCCUGGCGGAGCGGACGGGACCUCCCAGCACCCUGGCGGGCAGCGUGGCUGGAAACGCCUCGGUGGCACCAGGCAGCGGACCCAUCCUCCGGGAUGAGGUGGGCUGCGAGGGGCACGAGGAGCAUCUCUGGGACUGCCCGGCCGCGCCGGAGCAUGACUGCAGCCACAAGGAAGACGCCGGCGUGGUGUGCUCGGAACACCAGGAGUGGCGGCUCUCCGGGGGCCGGGACGGCUGCGCCGGCCGGGUCGAGGUCUUCUUCCGCGGCACGUGGAGCACGGUGUGCGACAGCACGUGGUACAAGCUGGAGGCGAGUGUGCUGUGCCGCACGCUGGGCUGCGGGGAGCCCCUCCGGCAGCUCUCCUUCGGCCACACGCUGCCCGGCAGGAUGCUCUACCAGUGCGAGAGCCAGCAGCCGCUCCCAGGGCUUGCAGACGCCGACCCCGAUGACCGUGCUGAGGAGGGCUCCCCGGCUGCGGGGGCACGGUCCCCUCUGCACAUGCCCCUCUUCGUCCUCUGCCUGGUCCUGGCAGCACUGCUCCUGCUCACUGUGCUGGCCUUCACCGCCACCCUGCUGAGGGUGAGGAAGAUGAGCGCCCACGCCGUGUCCUCCCUCGGGCUAGCCGGGCCGGUCCUGAUGACUCACAGCGCCCAGAACCCCAGCGUGCCCUCCGAGACCUCCAACGACUACAGGGACAUGCCCCCCAGCCUUCCCAAAGGACCAGUCCCACCGGUCACAGCCCUUCCCACUGCCAAGGACUCCGACUCCGACUACGAACACUACGACUUCAGCAGCAAGCCGCCUGUGGCCCUCUCCACCUUCUACAACUCGCUGCGCCGGCAGCCCGGGGAGCAGCUGCUCCCGCUGCCCUAUUGCAAUGACGGCGCGCCCCCCCCUCAUGCCUGGGUCUGCCCGCCGCCCCCCGCCGAUGGCACCCACCGGCACACAGCACCCACCACCCACAGCUACACCGACUACCCCAGCACAGGCCUCUCCCGCUCCUGGGUACCUGUGUCUCCAGCAGACCCCGAUCCCGCCGACAGCUCCAGCACCUCCUCCGAGGACUGGUACGAGAACGUGCAGGGCGUGGAGCCGCCCGGGGACCCGUCCCCACACCCCGGCUGGCCGGCUCCGUCCUGUCCCUCGGGGGGACACACGCAGGACCCUGACUCCUCUGAGGGCAGCGACUACGAUGACAUCCAGGGCUCUGCCUACUGA